AUGUUAUUUAGAUAUCUUUAUUAUUUUACAGCUCACCAAAUUCUCAGUUUAACUGGUAUUAGUUUUGAAAGAAGAAGUGUUAUUGGAUUUGUAGAAUUGACCAUUGUGCCCCUAAAAGAUAAUUUGCGGUACAUUCGCCUUAAUGCUAAACAGUGUCGUAUAUACAGAGUUUGCCUAAAUGACCAAUAUGAAGCAAACUUUCAAUAUUUUGAUCCUUUUUUGGAUAUCUGUCAAAGUGAUCCUAACACGAGAAGUCUUGAAGUGUUCUCCCAAUUCCAUUUAUCAGCCGCACAAAAAAUUGAUCCUGAUCACAACUCUGGUGAACUCCACAUACAAAUACCAGAUGAUGCAGCUCAUUUGGUAGGUGAAGGGAGGGGACUAAGAAUUGGUAUUGAAUUCUCAUUAGAAUCACCACAGGGUGGUAUGCAUUUUGUUGUGCCUGAAGGAGAAGGUACAUUAGUUGAGAAAUCAGCUCACAUGUUCACUUACGGCCACUCAGCCCGUCUUUGGUUCCCAUGUGUAGAUAGUUUUGCAGAACCAUGCACUUGGAAACUAGAGUUUACUGUAGAUGAGAGUUUAACUGCAGUGUCCUGUGGGGAGUUGUUGGAUGUAGUGUAUACUCCUGACCAUAGACGAAAGACAUUUCACUAUGUUGUAAACACACCAGCUUGUGCACCAAAUAUUGCUUUGGCAAUUGGACCAUUUGAGACCUAUGUGGAUCCACACAUGAAUGAAGUGACACACUACUGCCUGCCCCAUCUGAUGCAAAUACUAAAAAACACUGUGCGAUAUUUACAUGAGGCUUUUGAGUUUUAUGAAGAGACUCUGUCUACAAGAUAUCCUUAUCCUUGCUACAAACAAGUAUUUGUUGAUGAAACAGAAGAUGAUGCAACUGCAUAUACUACAAUGUCAAUACUAAGCACCCAUUUGCUUCACUCAAUUGCUAUUAUAGACCAAACUUACAUCAGUCGUAAGGCAAUGGCACAAGCCGUGGCAGAACAAUUCUUUGGCUGCUUUAUAACCAUGCAAAAUUGGUCAGAUUUGUGGCUUGCCAAAGGAAUACCUGAGUAUUUAUGUGGGUUAUAUUCUAAGAAGUGUUUUGGAAAUAAUGAGUAUAGGUAUUGGAUACAUCAGGAGUUGCAAGAGGUAGUGACAUAUGAAGAACAAUAUGGUGGAAUAGUCCUCGAUCCAUGGCAGCCCCCCGCCAGCGGCGCUCGAGUCGAAUCCAAUGACGUGUUUUACUUUCCUGUUAGAAACGUGCAUACAAUGUCGCCGAGAUAUAUCGAAGUAAUGCGAAAGAAAUCUCAACUAGUACUAAGAAUGUUGGAGCAGCGUAUCGGUCAAGAGUUACUCCUGCAAGUAUUCAACAAGCAGCUCUCAUUGGCCACCAAUGCUGCCAACACUAAAAUUGGUAGCGGUUUGUGGGGACAUUUGUUGUUGUCCACAAAUUUAUUCGUAAAGGCAAUAUUCACAGUGACUGGCAAAGAUAUGGCAGUGUUUGUUGAUCAGUGGGUACGCACUGGUGGACACGCUAAGUUCCAGCUUACAUCGGUUUUUAAUAGGAAAAGAAACACAGUGGAAUUAGAAAUUCGUCAAGACAGCGUUCACGAGCGCGGCAUAAGGAAAUAUGUAGGACCGUUACUAGUACAAUUGCAAGAGUUAGACGGGACAUUCAAACAUACAUUGCAAAUAGAGAAUAUUGUGGUCAAAGCGGACAUCACCUGUCACAGCAAGAGUAGAAGAAAUAAGAAAAAGAAGAUUCCAUUGUGUACCGGAGAAGAGGUCGAUAUGGACUUAUCCGCUAUGGACGACUCCCCUGUGCUGUGGAUCCGCCUGGACCCCGAGAUGUCGCUGCUGCGCGCCGCGGCCGUGUCGCAGCCCGACUACCAGUGGCAGUACCAGCUGCGCCACGAGCGCGACGUCACCGCGCAGCGCGAGGCGCUCGACGCCCUGCGCGCCUUCCCCGAGCCCGCCACCAGGAAGGCGCUCACCGACACCAUCGAGAACGAACACACCUACUACAAGAUUAGAUGCACGGCCGCACAUUGCUUGACCAAGGUAGCAAACGCAAUGAUAAGCUCGUGGGCGGGACCGCCGGCCAUGUUGACGAUAUUCCGCAAAAUGUUUGGCUCUUUUUCCGCCCCUCACAUCAUAAAGCAGAACAACUUCGACAACUUACAACAUUACUUCUUACAGAAGACUAUACCUGUGGCAAUGGCUGGUAUAAGAAACAUUCACGGCAUUUGCCCGCCAGAAGUAGUGAGGUUCCUCUUAGAUCUGUUCAAGUAUAAUGACAAUUCAAAGAACCAUUUCUCAGAUAACUACUACAAGGCGGCGUUAGUGGACGCUCUCGCCGCCACCAUCACUCCUGUUAUAUCUGUCUUACAACCUGGUGCACCAAUAACAGCGGAAUCUCUAUCGGCUGAUACAAGGCUCGUGUUGGAGGAAAUAACGAGGGUCCUUAAUCUAGAAAAAGUGCUCCCUUGUUACAAGAACACAGUGACAGUGAGCUGCCUGAGAGCCAUCAGGAGACUCCAACAGUGCGGCCAUUUACCCAGCAUACCCACUACGUUCAGAGCUUAUGCGGAAUAUGGACAGUAUAUUGAUGUCCGUCUGGCAGCAUUCGAGUGUUUGGUAGACUUUGUCCGAGUAGACGGGAAGCCAGAAGACUUGUCUUCUUUACUUACUGCCGUUGAAAACGAUCCCGAUCCUGGCGUGAGGCACGGCUUGGCUCGUCUACUGGUUUCUAUGCCGCCAUUCGAAAAAGCUUCUAGACACCGUUUGGAUACUGAAGCUGUUGUUCAUAGGUUAUGGAAUAACAUUAAUAGUCAGCUAUCCAACGAUGCAAGACUGAGAUGCGAUUUAGUAGAUCUUUAUUAUACGUUAUAUGGAUUGAAAAGGCCAUUGUGUGUCCCGUUACCGGAGAUACAGGCUAUGAUGAAGCAGAUGCACCACAGAGAGAGGGAGAGAUUAGACAGAGAGAGGGAGAGAAUAGAAAGGGACAAGGAGAGACAGAGGGAGAUUGAUCUGAAGCCGGUAAUCAAGCAAGAGAUUGAAGAUAUUCCAGUUAAAACGGAGAUAGACAUUGGGCCACUAGGCGCGCCCUCGCCCGCGCCCCGCGCGCCGCCGCGGGACGUGGCGCUCCCGGUGCCCAUCGCGAGUAUAAAGGAAGAGGAUGACAAAAUAGACAUCAUGUCCGUGACCGACGCGCCCGUCCGCAUAUACAGUGAUGAAACAAAACGCGACUUCAUCUCGGACAACGCAGCGCCUUUACCGGGCAUACCGGGCUCGUCCGGCCCCGUCGGCUUCGAGCCCGGCAUGUUCAGACACGACAAGGAUGAUUUGGGUGCACCUAAGGCGAAAAAGAAGAAGAAGGACAAGAAGAAGCACAAACACAAGCACAAACACAAACACAGCAGCAAAGAGAAAUUAAAAGAGAAGGACAAGUCCUUACCUCCUAGACCUCCUUCUAGCACAGAGCAUUUGAAAAUCAAAGAAGAGACGCGGGAAACUCUUAGCUCAUUCAGUUCGAGUCAAAGUCCCUCAGAUGAUAUAUCGUCUAUGCCGUCUAAUAUGAGUUUU